CGUGGGCCACCUUACUCCCAACUGGUGGCGUUCAUAGCGGAAUUUAGGGUGAACUUGGAACUAUCUCAGGUAACUUAUGCAUUCUGUGGCUGACACCACGAUUGCGUCUACCUCUCCUGAUACUUUCAUACGCAAGUAAGUUUUUCUUUUGUGGGAAGAAAUAUGACAAAGCCAAGAGUUGCAGUGAUUUCUGGGGCGAAUCAAGGCAUUGGAUUUGCAGUUGUCAAAGAACUUUGCAAAUCAUUUGAUGGGUCUGUUUACCUGACUUCUCGAGAUGAGCAUCGCGGUCGGACCGCUGUGGAAGAACUCGAGAAGUUGGGCUUGCAACCCAAGUACCACCAAUUAGAUAUCGAUGAUGAAGCCAGUGUUUUGAGGCUAAGGGACUACUUACAGGCGACAUACGGAGGUUUGGAUGUCUUGGUAAACAAUGCUGGCAUGCUGAUUGUCUCCAAAGACGAAGAUUCGCGAGAAUUGUUCGCCGAGAGCGCACGCUCCGUUGUGCAAACCAAUUUCUUCAAUACGUAUCGCACGUGCGACAUCCUUUUCCCGAUUUUGAGACCUCACGCAAGAGUUGUUAAUUUAUCUAGUAGCAUGGGUCACCUUAUGCAGAUCGAGGGCCAAAAUGAGCCGGCGAUUACGCUAAGAGCAAGACUUUCAUCUACUGACCUUUCGUACGAGGAACUCAUCCAAAUCAUGAAUCAUUUUCUCGAAUCCGUACAAAGAGGAGAUCAUCCAGAGUAUGGAUGGCCGAAGAAAAACUGGGUUUCCUACGUAGCAUCUAAAAUCGCUGUCAGUGCCAUGACGCGGAUACAGCAGCGUGAUUUUGAUGCUGAUCCGCGCCCAGAUAUUAUCGCUAACCACGUUCAUCCAGGCUAUGUCAAAACUAAAAUGGCAUCAUUUAAAGGAGUGUUGACAAUUGAGGAAGGUGCUGCUGCUGCUUCCUGGCUUGCAAUGCUACCUCCUAAUAACGUAAUGAAUCCAAAAGGUUCUUACGUAUGGCAUGACAAACAAAUUGUUGAUUGGGUCAAUGGACCAACUCCAUCUUUAUAUUAAAGACAAUUUGUUUUUUUUAAAUUUUACUUUAUCGGAAAGACUUUUCCGGCAUUGAAACAUAAAAUUGAAUAAAAUUGUACUAAACGGGAAAAUUUAAGUUUAGUCAAGAGGGAGCUUGCACAGAAAAUGAGACAAUCUUAUCUGCAGAGAAUUAUAAAUAAAACUGAAAAGUUAGACGAAGAAAA